AUGAGAGAACCCACUUUCUUUCUGUUUGUCCUAGGUGAGCUGCUACUGCUUUUGAGUGUGAUUUUCCCACGCCAGGGUGUGUACGGCUGCCCAGAGAAGUGCAUCUGUCACUCAUCUUCAAACUCUGUAGACUGUAGUCACCGGGGUCUGGCUGAAAUCCCUCCUGAUCUGCCUCCUCAGACUCUAACGCUGCUCUUGCAAGAUAACCAGCUACACCAUCUUCCUGCUCAUGCGUUUAGGUCAGUUCCUCGGCUCAUGACCUUAAACUUGUCCAACAAUUCUCUCUCACAUCUGGCCCCUGAAGUUUUCCAUGGACUUCGGCACUUGCACGUUUUAAACCUAACUCACAACUUCCUGCUUUCCCUGGAAAGCAGACUUUUCCAUUCCCUCCCGCAGCUGAGGGAGCUCGAUGUGUCAUUCAACAACAUCAGCCAUCUUCCCACCUCGCUGGCUGAGCCUUGGGAGAACCUAACCUUGUUCGAAGUGCGACAGAACCAGCUCCACUAUCUCGAUCGCAGGCUCCUAGAAUCCAUGCCCAGCCUGAGGCUGUUAUUUCUCAAGGACAACCUCUGGAAAUGCAAUUGCCACUUGCUGGGUCUUAAACUCUGGCUGGAGAAAUUUAUCUAUGCAGGGGGAGUAAUGGAUGGUGUCAUCUGCGGGUCACCUGAUAUGUGGAAGGGGAAGGAUCUCCUUAGGAUUCCUCACGAGCUGUACCAGCCCUGUCCUCUUCCUGUUCCACAUCUGGUGCCCUCACAGGGUCAGCAGCAUGGCACUGCCCACCGGGAGGUCCCCAAGCCUCCUGAGAACCAGAUCUCUGGGGAGCGAGACCCUGUGACGUGUGAGGUCAAACCCAAGCCAAGGCCCACCAACCUGCGCCACGCCGUGGCCACCGUUGUCAUCACGGGGGUUGUAUGUGGAAUCGUGUGUCUCAUGAUGUUGGUGGCUGCCAUCUAUGGCUGCACCUAUGCGGCUAUUACAGCCCAGGGCCAUCGGGGCCCCUUGGCUCAAACCAGUGACUCUGGGAAGAUGGGAGGAAAAGAGGUAUUUGACCACUCACUGGCCUGA